AUGAUCGCCCUGAAGCGGAAGCAGCCGGAGCAGAGCUCCAACGGCCAGUUCAUCCUCCUGGGACGCGACGGCCGGAGCCGGCCGGUGGUGGACCGCGAGAGCGUGCAUCGGGAGCUGGCGACCACGAAAGUGGGCUUCGGGAAGUACAAAAACCUGACGUUUCAGGAGGUUGCAGAGGAGGAUGCCGAUUACUGCAGUUGGGUUUUGUCGCAGGAUGGUACCCUCAACAUGCGGAUGAACAGGCUGCAGGCCUUCCUCAGAAACCUUUCAAAAUUGAAAGAGCUGCAAAGUGCACAGCAGAGCGCGCAGCAGAGCGCACAGCAGAGCGCACAGCAGAGCACGCUGCAGAUCGCUCAGAAGAGCACGCAGCCAAGCACACAGCCGAUGACACAGCCCAUCGCACAGCCCAUCGCGCAGCCAAUCGCGCAGCCGAUCGCACAGCCGAUCACGCAGCCGAUCGCGCAGCCGAUCGCGCAGCCGAGCACGCCAUCGUCAGGCGUUGUGCGAAGUGCAGCUGCCACAGCCCCUGCACAUGCUCCAACGGCUCUCAUUGCUCUCGAGGAAGGCAUCAGAUCUGAGGUCAGAACUGCAGCGAGGCCCUUGGCCCAAAGCUCGCAAGCGGUCGCUGUCGGCAAGCUGCUUUCCAUGGGUUUCGCCGAGGCCGAUGCUGAGGAGGCCCUGGCCAAGGUUGGAAACGACCUGGAGGCCGCCUUGGACAUCCUCGUGUCCAUCGAGGCCCCUGAGGCCCAGGCUCUUGAGGCCCAGGCCCCUGCGCCCCCUCCGCCGCCGAACCGCGUGCCUGCGGGCACGGUCCGAAGCCCAGCACUUCAGAUGCUCCGCCAAGCCCCAUCCCAGUCUUUGCCAAGGAAGAUGCCUGAGCAAGCGAUCUGUUGCGAUGACAGCUCGGACAGUGAUGUACAAAUCGCCUUCGACUAG